GCGGAUUUGUGAAAUCUUUAACAGUUUCCACAUUUUUUAAAAUUAUAAUCUCAGCACUUUUGUCAUCUGAACAAUCAAUCGUGAUUUUACAAUUUCAGUUCAUGUCAUGUGACCCGAUAUGCAUGAAGAGUAACUUCGCUCGGAUUUUGAAGAAAAGCCUUUUAUAGGGUCCUUAUACUACCUUCUUUCUUUGCCCUUUUCCUCUCUUUUCAUCAGUUCGUACUUUUUCCCCAAGUUUCGAUUUACUUCUCUGUGCCUUUCAGAAAAUGCAGGGUGCCGGAGAUAAGAAUUGCGUCGACCUACAGUCCAUCUUGCAUGAUAUGGAAUUCCAAGUCAAGGUUCGCCAGCAGCAUCAGAAACAUGUUCAAAGCAAGAAGUUGCCGAGGCCAGUUGAUGAGAAUGCUCAUGUUUGUAUCAAGCUUAGCGGUGGAACACUGGAGCAAGGGCUUCUGGUGUUGUGCGAGUUGUGGUGCGUCUGUCGAUUAUUGGCAAAUGCCGAAUUGCAGCUUUGCGCUCCUGUGCUGGCAGUGGCCUAUGCAAGUGUCAAUGCUGUGGCAGCCUGUGUUGGGAUCCUGGUGAACAUCUCCACUUCUGCUCGAACACUUGUCCAUUUUCCUUUCAUUGCUGCUGUGCUUUCCUCGCCUUUCCUUGCGGCUCACUUGUGGCGUGCAGGCGGAAUCUCUGGAUUGCUUGUACUCACGGGACACGUAAUGUAUUGCGUUUCCAGCGCAGCAGGAUGCUGGUCGGACAGUGAUUGGUCCCCUCACGGCAGCCUGGGAUGGUGCGCACUGGCCAGCCUGGCCGUGAUUCUCUCGGGCAACGGUGCUGUGGAUACUGGGGUGCUGAGAGCAGCCGGCUUCUCGGUGAUGUCAUGGGCAGCUUUGUGGUUGCGGAACUGCGAAGCUUUUGACUCUAAAGCUCGCCAAGUGUUUGCCAGGGUUGAUUUUUGCAGUUUGCUCCUGGCUGCUUCACACUGGGCCUGGUUAGAUGAUCUGCUGAGUCGCUCGCGUCUGAGUCCCAUGAUGCUCGUACAGAUGUCGCUAAGGGAUGCCUUGCGCAGGUUGCUGAGCUCCUGAAGUUUAAGUUGCUGCUUGGAAGCAAAUUUGCUUAAAGCGUGCAUCACUCACGCCGAAUUUUCUCUGGGAUUAGUUCCGUACGAAUUAUUUUCUGUGUCUCCUCGAGUUGAUGGAGAGACAUUUACGAAGGUCGUGUGGAUAUCGUAAUGAAAUAAGGAGCUCUCGAAUAUCUAAA